UUAUAUGCCUAUUUUUCUGUUUCGCUCGCUCGCUCGCGUUUCUUCUUCGAACUUGGUUGACAGACUCCCUGUCCUCACUAUUCGGAUCGAAUUCCCCAAACCAGAGAGAAAAAGACCAAAAAUCCGUUCUCCACCUCUCCCAAGAUUCUACCUUCCGAGUGCUUGAAGAAGAAUCAGAGAAACGAGAAGGAAAGGCGAGGUUUUGCUUCUGUUUCUUGGUGAGGAUUCGAUGCCGGGAGACUCUAUUGAUUGGUUCUCUGGUCCAAAUUAGGGUUUUGGGUUGAGUGAUGAUUGUGGGUUGGAUUUGAUUUGGUUAUCCCUGAUUCAGGUCACUCUUUUAUUCCUUUUUUUUUCCCCUUAUCGUAUUUGAUUGAUUGCAAGCCCUAGUUUGCUAUUCUAGAUGGGUUAGGAAUAGGAAGAAAAUUAAACAAAAUUAUUGUUUGGUUCUUGUUGUGUAGAUAAAAUCUAGAUUGACGAUUCCUCGUUCUUUUCCUUUUCUUUUGAUUUGAUUGUAGCUGAUCUUACGUUCCGUUUUGGAAGAAACUCCGUGAAAUUUUUGGUUGCGUCGUUUUAGUUUGUCAUCCGAAAUUGAGGGUUUUCUUGGUAGAUCCUUCGUUUCCCUGGUCUUCUACAAUCUUCCACUUGUUCCCUAUUUUUUUCUAGGUUUACGUUUCAUUCAUUACUUCCAAAGAAUACGUUUAUUUUCCUCUUCAACAAAAAAAAAAAAAGAUUAGACAUCUGGGGUUUGCUUAUCAUAUUGUAUAUAUUUUAUAGAGAAUAAUGGCCUUGAAUUUUUCACAUCGACCCAUCUUUCCUGCGCAUUUAUCUGAGGACAAAUUGGCUUCGUCUAUGAGAAUUGCGAAUGGGUACCUUGUGGACGGCAUCCAAGAGAAAGCUGAGGAGUGUUUUGACUAUAGAAGGGACGGGGCUGAUAGGUGUGGGUCGCACGAGUCCGUUUCCAGCGACAUUCUCGAUCUCUUGCCUUCAGAUCCCUUUGGCAUGGAUAUGAGUACCACUUUUACUGCGAUAACUGGUUGGCUUGAAGAUUUGGAGGUGGACUAUGGUGGUGGAUUUAGGAGGAAUGAUGUGGGGACAGGUGAUGGGGAUUAUCAGUUAUAUGCUGGACUUAAUUUUAUAUGGAGUAAUGCAAUGAAGUAUAGUGUUUUUUCUGCAAACAUGGGUUUUGAUGAAAAAUUAAAUGUGGAUGGUAGAUGUAGUAGCAGGUGUUUAGAGGAGAAGCAAGCAGAGGAUGCAUUGCUAAGUCACGGUGGUGUCGUAUCUGCUUGUAAUGUGGAUUGUAUUCUGAGUUUGGAGAAUGAAACUAGGGUCAAUAAAGAUGGGGGUUUCUUGGACUUUCAGAGUAAAGAACUUGGGCCAUCACUAGGUCAUGAUUGUGUCGGAUCAGCUUGUAAUGUGGAUGACAUAUUGAGUAUGGGGAAUGAAACUAGGGGUAAUGAAGAUGCGGGUUUUGUAGACUUCCAGAGUGAAGAAUUUGAUGCAAUACUAAGUCAUGAUGAUGUUGUAUCAGCUUGUAAGAUGGAUGGCAUUUGGAGGUUGGGGAAUGAAAUCAGGAGCAGUGAAAAUGCGGGUUGUGUGGGCUUUCAGACCCAAAAAAUUGGGGAGUGCAGUGGAGUUAGUUUGGCUGAUGAUGAUGGAGCUCCUCAUCCGGCUUUGCAUUAUGCCUUUGCCUAUCUGGGUGUGCGAGAUCUUCUUGCUGUUGAAACAGUUUGCAAAACUCUGCGUGAUACAGUUCGAAAUGAUCCUCUCUGCUGGAAGAAUAUUCACAUAGCUCAUCCAUUAAAUGAGAAGAUUACUGAUGAUAUUCUUUUGGAAUUAACUAAUAGGGCUCUUGGCAAGCUAGAGAGCUUAACCCUGGUGGGAUGCUCAAAGAUUACUGAUGAUGGUCUAAAACGUGUGCUCGAAAAAAAUGGAAGGCUAACCAAGCUAUGUGUGCCUGGAUGUACAAGACUCAGUAUUGAGGGCAUAGUGACAAGCUUGACGGCAUUUAAGAAUGUUGGUGCUCAAGGAGUGAAGCAAUUAAGGAUUGGUUGGAUUUAUGGUGUCACUCAGAAGCAUUUUGAAGAGCUGAAGUUGUUGUUGGGCAUAGGUAGCACGCAGCAGAAUUCCGACAAGCUGCGUUUCUAUCACAGGGGGAGCAUGUACUUGUCCUAUGAGAAUGAUUGUCCAAUUGAUAUCGAAAGCUGCCCUAUAUGUCAGAACCCGAGGCUAGUUUAUGAUUGCCCAGCGGAGGGUUGCCUGGGAAAGAAGCACACUACUCAGGUGUGCAGAGCAUGCACAAUUUGUAUACCACGUUGUGCUCAGUGUGGUCGCUGUAUUAAUGACAGUGAAUAUGAGGAAACCUUUUGUUUGGAGUUGCUUUGUUCAGCUUGUGGAAAACAGCUCUUGGAUUGCCAGGAGAGGCAUGACAGCAAGAAUGGUCUUUCCGGGCCACCUGCUCUCGAUGACUUGAGCUGUAGUGUCAGAGACUCAGAGUUCAUGGCUAGAGGCUAAUAUCUGUUCAUGUCUUCUGGUUUUACCUUAUGUUGGAGGAAUGCAUAGUUUGCUACUCAGACAUCUGCAAAAAUUUUGAUUACCCUUGUGAACUAUUGAAUUCCCCAUAAUAUAUUGUUCUACCUUCCGAGUCAGCUGAGAGUCAGCUUCUGCCUUUGGUAGUUCCAGCUGAGGUGUCCUUGCACUUCUGUUGAAAAAAAAGAGACAAAAAUAAAAAGAAAUAAUAUGUUCUUGGAAGUAGUGAAGGCUGCCAUCUUCAGUAUAGUGUUAAUAACAAGGGACAUGUGUAGCUGCAUUUACUAGAAGUCCUGCGAAGCAUACAUUGGUUUGCUGGUAAAUGUUGGGAACCAACAUGUGGAUGUACCUGGAAGUGGUCGCGAUUUAUUCGUCAUUUUCUCGGCAGGAUGAAGUGGCUAGGCUGCUCGUCUGUUGUAUUAUAACAUAAUUCAUCUGUCCGUAUUUGUCCAUUGAAGCAAGCAUAGUCUUUAACUUGUCCCCAAUUGUACGAGCUACAUAAUUCUGUGUGGCCUGAUGAAAUUGAAGGACCAGUCAUUUGGAGUGCAAGUUUGUCUGCUGGGCUGUUGUUAGUGUUGUGAGUAGCUCGCAUUGUUGUGGAUAAAGUUGACAUGGGAGCGUUGGACAUGUGUCUUACAGCGCUAAUGUUUUCCUGCUGAUAAAGAUGGUUGCUUCCAUUGUCAGAAUUGGGCUACCCAAUCUGCAUAGUUCUACGAGUAACAAUUUAAGUUUCCUUCCUCAUUAAUUGGUUUCAACUCGUACUUGUGCUAUGCUGCUUCAUUUCAUUUAAGCUUUUAUAGGUGUCUCUUAUGAACACCAGACUGCAUAAUUCUUCUCGAUAGAGAAAAUAAAGGAUGAUGCUUUGUGGAUGCUGUAGUUUACUGUUAUGUCUUAGUGGUUCAUCACUACAUGUAUCAUCUAUAAAUAAUGUACUAUUUUCAUUACCAGGGUGAUGCCGUCAUGAAUGAGAUGGUUUUCAAAUGGUUGCAGUUUUUGUUACA